CCACCCACCGACGGCGUCUCCCCUCCCUCCUUUUUGUCGACUCUUCUCCCUCCUAAUUUAAUUUCCCUCUCUCUUUCUUAUUUUAUUUUUCCCUUUAAUUAACACAUACAUACAUACGCGCCACAACAACCACCUCCCCGUCAACAUCAAGAACAACCCCCUCCCUCCCAUUCUCUCAACCUCCUCUCAACUCUCUCGCUUCACUUUCUCCAUUCGUUCGUUCAUUCAUUAUUCCAUGAGCUUUCAGAUGCGGAGCUUGAUGCCUUCCUCCAUGAGCAGCGGCGCCACAACCACCAAACAACAAGGAGGACUACCAGUUUCACAAACUCACUCCAAGCAGCAGCAGCAAGAGCAAGGCCUCCGCCGCAGACUCUCCUCCCUCUCUCUCAAAAUCCAGCCCUCCCCUGAAGCCGCCGAUGCUACUUACUCAUGGGUCCUCCGCCGAUCCAAAUCUGUCUCCUCAAUGGGAGAGUACGCCGGAAGUUCCAUCAGGAAAUGGUGGGAUUGGGGAUGCGGUUGGAUCCUCUCCAGAAAGCCCACCUUCGCCAGAGAUCUGGAGAUGAACGAACAAGAGACUACUGUUCUGGGCUGCCACAGCAAGGGUAGCUGGAGACACGUCUUCUACAAGCUCAGAAAGCUUCUAGUCCGCCCUCAUCAUAACCUCCCUCAAACCUUCAGGUACGACUCCGUUACUUAUUCUCAGAACUUCGACGAUGGAAUCGGAAAGAUCAACACCAGAUCCCAUCUUAAUCAUUGAUUCAUUUGGGCAUCCAUAUCCAUCAAUCAAUGUCGUUCUGGAAAAUUAACAUCAUCAUGUCUUCGUGGAAAAAUAAAGCUGUAGAUCGUCUCAAGAUCAAGCUCACGUUUUUGUAUCUGCCAUAUCGUUCGUUCCUUCCUUCCUUCCUUCCUGCUUUCUUUCUUUUAUUUUUUAUUUUUUAAAUUUUUUAUGUUGAUGAUGAAUGGUGUUAAUUGGGGGACUUUUUCAUUAAGGGGGUGUUGUUACUUGUUAAUUGUAUGUAAAUUAGAUGUAAGAAUUUCUAAUACGUAAAUGUGGGUUUGUUUAGAUGUGAGUGGGUCUAAGGAUGUCGUCUGGGCUCCCAAAAAACAAAAAAAAAACAAUUGAGUGCAAUAUUUUUUUAAAUACCAGUAUGUAAUUUCAUGAUUAAUUUCUUCAUUUAUUUGAGUUUAGUCUCUCUGCAGUUUCUCUAUUAUGUACUAUGAGACUUUGAUUCAAUUGAAUGUUUAUUAUUGUCCCUCUA